AUGGACCUGGAUGACCCCUGUACAGGGAUCCUUGCUGCCACACCGACAGUCUCAUCUCUGUGGACGGUGCCUGUGUCCAAGCAUUCGGUUGCGAUCUCGCUGACGGAGCUGACAAAUGCUGUUUUGAGGCUGCGGAAGACCAGUCCGGGUGUGAAGAAAUCCAAUCGCGGAGGUUGGCACUCCAACACUUCCGUCCUUGAUGCGGUAUCUCUGUCGCUAGCACGAAAGUUGCGCCUCAUCCUGCUCGGUGCAGCAGGUCAGUACAUCAGCCAAGUCACAGAAGCUGUCUCCAACAUUGGUAGUCAGCGUCUGACUGGCGACUUGCAGCUGGAUCUUCUUGGCCUUUGGGCAAACGUUAACGCGAGGGGGAACAGCAACGUUGCUCACAUCCAUCCUGGGUUGCUUUCCGGCGUCCUGUAUCUACAGGCCGGAACUGAUCAAGGUGCAACUUUGUGUUUCACAGAUCCGCGGAGUGCAGCUGCAGGAGAGGAGGGUCCGCUGGAUGGCGUUUCUGGCACAAACGAUUGCAAGACUUUGGAAGCUUCUACUGGCCUUGUCGGUCUCCAGGGACUGCGUGCCGGAGAACUUCUGGUUUUUCCUUCCUGGUUGCAGCACCAUGUGCCACCGCAUGUGGGCACAGAGCCCCGGAUCAGUCUUUCCUUCAACCUCCAAGCGCGCAUUGUCGGCGAGAAGAGCGAUCUACAGUUUCGGAGCAGCGAGGGAGACUUGCCUCCGAGGAUUGCGGGUUUGGAUUUCAUACGAAUGGUACAUCUUUUCCCAAACAAUCUCUCGCAGCACGUCGAGGAGCAAAGUUGCUCCAAUUUGCCUGCCAGACAGGCUCACACCGAAGGACCACGUCGUGAACGACCACCAGCCGAAGUGGCAUCCUGGAUGAGAUCUUCCAGACUCGCAGCUCGAUGGAUUUGUGCUAGGCGUGCAGCAGCACCGACGAGCAGGCCUCAGCUUGCUGACGCUCACGGCUCUGUCUCCCUUCUGACUCUUCCAUCAGGCUUUGUGCAGGCUGCUCGAACUCGUCGGUUGGUCCUGUCUCCCACAACGGCAGUAACUGGGAUUCACGUGCUGCAAGGUCGCCUCGUCUUGUGGCUGUUCGAUCCGAGGUUGCCGGUGGAAGCUGUGGCAGCUUCCGAUCCUGUGGCUCGCCGGCUAUUCGGUCAGAAGGUGGCGCUUGAUAUGCGCGAGGGUUCUGUGGCCGCCUUUCCGGCUGUCGUGUUCUCAUCUGUGGAGGCUGAGGAGGCCUCCAUUGCCUUGUCGUUUGUCUUGGAGUGA